CCCGCCCCUUCGCCGAUGUGCAGCCAAUCGGGAGGCGCGAAGCCCCAGGCCCGAACGCGCGGGCGGGGCAGGGUGGUGGCCAACCAAGGCGGGGACGCGGAGAGGGCCGGCCGGGGGCUGAGGGCCGCGCUGGGGGGAAUUGUGCCCGGCUGUGUGGAAGGAUUGCCACUGCGGCUGCCUCCACAGCGGGAAGAAGCGGCUCGUCCCCUGCCGCGCCGGGAUCGUACUCUCUGUUCCCGGCGCCGAACCGCCCUGUCUGAAUCCUCCUCCACCCUCCCAGAGUUGUGAGGCGGUGCCGGCGCGUGGGAGAGGCAGCCGCCGACGUGCGGAGGGCGAGCGGCGGCCAGGGCGGGGAGGGACGAGACUCGGAGCGCCAGGAGAAUGUGUGUGUGUCCCGGGCCCAGACGAAUUGGAAUCCCAGUCAGAAGUUCCAGCCUGCCGCUGUUUUCUGAUGCCAUGCCAGCACCAACUCAGCUGUUUUUUCCUCUGAUCCGUAACUGUGAACUGAGCAGAAUCUAUGGCACUGCGUGUUACUGCCACCACAAACAUCUCUGCUGUUCAUCUCCUUACGUUCCUCAGAGUCGCUUGAGAUAUACACCCCAUCCAGCAUAUGCUACCUUUUGCAGGCCGAAGGAGAACUGGUGGCAAUACACCCAGGGAAGGAGAUAUGCUUCCACACCACAGAAAUUUUAUCUCACACCUCCACAAGUCAACAGUAUCCUAAAAGCCAAUGAAUACAGUUUCAAAGUGCCAGAAUUUGAUGGCAAAAAUGUCAGUUCUGUCCUUGGAUUUGACAGCAAUCAACUACCUGCAAAUGCACCCAUUGAGGACCGGAGAAGUGCAGCAACCUGCUUGCAGACAAGAGGGAUGCUUUUAGGAGUUUUUGAUGGCCACGCAGGCUGUGCUUGCUCCCAAGCGGUCAGUGAACGACUCUUUUAUUAUAUUGCUGUCUCUUUGUUACCUCAUGAAACUUUGCUAGAAAUUGAAAAUGCAGUGGAGAGUGGUCGGGCAUUGCUACCCAUACUCCAAUGGCACAAGCACCCCAAUGAUUAUUUCAGUAAGGAGGCAUCCAAAUUGUACUUCAACAGUUUGAGGACUUACUGGCAAGAGCUUAUAGACCUCAACACUGGGGAGUCAGCUGAUAUUGAUGUUAAGGAGGCUCUAAUUAAUGCUUUCAAGAGGCUUGAUAAUGACAUCUCCUUGGAGGCUCAAGUUGGUGAUCCGAAUUCUUUCCUCAACUACCUGGUGCUUCGAGUGGCAUUUUCUGGGGCCACUGCUUGUGUGGCCCAUGUGGAUGGUGUUGACCUUCAUGUAGCCAAUACUGGUGAUAGCAGAGCCAUGCUGGGUGUGCAGGAAGAGGAUGGCUCUUGGUCAGCAGUCACUCUCUCUAAUGACCACAAUGCUCAAAAUGAAAGAGAACUGGAACGACUGAAAUUGGAACACCCAAAAAAUGAGGCCAAGAGUGUGGUGAAACAGGAUCGGCUGCUUGGCUUGCUGAUGCCUUUUAGGGCUUUUGGAGAUGUAAAGUUCAAAUGGAGCAUUGACCUUCAAAAGAGAGUGAUAGAAUCUGGCCCCGACCAGUUGAAUGACAAUGAAUAUACCAAGUUUAUCCCUCCUAAUUAUUACACACCUCCUUAUCUCACUGCUGAGCCAGAGGUAAUUUACCACCGAUUAAGGCCACAAGAUAAGUUUCUGGUGUUGGCUACUGAUGGGUUGUGGGAGACAAUGCACAGACAGGAUGUGGUUAGGAUUGUGGGUGAGUACCUCACAGGCAUGCACCGCCAACAGCCAAUAGCUGUUGGUGGCUACAAGGUGACUCUGGGGCAGAUGCAUGGCCUUUUAACAGAAAGAAGAGCCAAGAUGUCCUCGGUAUUCGAGGAUCAGAAUGCAGCAACCCAUCUUAUUCGCCAUGCUGUGGGCAACAACGAGUUUGGGACUGUUGAUCACGAGCGUCUCUCCAAAAUGCUGAGUCUUCCUGAAGAGCUUGCUCGGAUGUACAGAGAUGACAUUACAAUCAUUGUAGUUCAGUUCAAUUCUCAUGUUGUAGGGGCAUAUCAAAACCAGGAAUAAUGAGUGGAUCUUACCCUGGCAGUUCUCAAAUGAAAUAGGAUUAAAGGGCAGAUAGAUUUUUAAAAGAUACUAAAAUCUAAACAUUUCCAGUGGGUCAUUCUAAGCAUCUACCCAUUUGAUCUUCUAGCUAGUCAAGACCGUCAACUGACUUGGCAGCAGGGUGGUGGGAUCAUGAAUCUUGUUCUGUCUGGCUUGGAUCUCACAGCACCUGCACUUGAGGCUAGUCAGUUCCUUAUUGCAGAUGUCUUGUGACAUUGGCUUCUUGUAUCAGUCUGAGAAAAUCAGGAUGACCUGGCAAGUAGGAUCUUAAAUAGGCCAAAAGCAAGGACCUUGCUGGGCAUAUUCUCUUGGUAAAACGGAAGAAACAUUACUAUUCAUACCUGCAGGCCCCUUUCAUCACUAAGAUUUCAAUGUACAUGAGAACAUUUAUUUAUUGCAUGAUUUCCUAGAUAUACAAUCUAUGCGUUGUUUAUGUAAAUUUAUUUUAACCUGAAGUGGUUUUCAGAUCCUGUAGUUUAAGCCAUAAAUGACCGAGAACCAAGCAAUCUGCAUUCGUGUUCGUGAUUAUUUGGAAUGCUUUUGAAAUGGAAACACAAACUACUCCUUUCCCUACCUGAUUACCUAAUGUCAUUGAAACAUUUUCUAUUUUGCCACACACUUGAACACAAUAAAGGUUUUUAGUUUUAUCUACUCUUACGUUGAUGUUAAAUAAAGAAAAAAAUUUUUUAGUUUGUAUUAAUGAAAAGCUUUAUUUAAUUUGAAAUAAAAAGAAAUGUGUUCAACUAUUACCAUUGAUAGCCACCAGCACGUCACUCUUAUCGUGUAAUUCCCAAAGGCUUGGCGUGCUGUAAGUGUGUGGGGUAGACUGCUGCUGGGAAAUCAUUUCUAAUUUUGUAGUGAUAAUAAUUUUCAUCACUUGGCAUUUUAAGGAUGACAUAUAUAAAAUAAAUUUAUAUAUCAGUUUGGGGAAUAAGGUUUACCAUCUGUUGAGACGGGGGAGGAAGUUUUUGUUUUUUCUCCACGUAGACAGGUCAAUUAAAAUACUUGGUUUUAAAAUUACUAAAUGCUUUAAACAUAUUGUAGCUUAUAAGUAGAAAUGUUAAGAUAUGUACAUCAGAAAUUUUAAAAGGUAACUAUUUUGCAUGCCUGCUACUUAAUAGAACACUUAGUAGUAUCAAGUGUUAUUUGCAGCAGUCUCUAUAAUUAUAUGCAGUCCCUUCUAAUGCUGUUGUAUCAAAGUAAAUGAAGAUAUUCAAACUGGCUUUUUGGGAGCUUAUUUGAUAUGCAUCAAAUGGCAUUUUGUUCCUGUGUUAAAUGGUGAUCUGUGUACAGCUGUGCAUAUAUUUUUAUCACUUAUUCUAGCGUCACUUAAAAGAAUGGCUAUGACUAUGUUUGAUAUUCAUAUAAAUUUUAAUGUAAAACAUGAUCAGCUUCCCUUUGUAUAAUUAGUUGAGGGUUGUUUCUGUAGCAUAUGAACUAGAUGUUCAAGGACUCCCUUUGGACUGUGGACACUACAGCAAUUUAGAACUGACUGCAAAACUUGUUCCGGUUGAAAAAUAGGCUCAGGAAGAUUGUAGCUCAGAACAUCAGAUAAUGAAUGGUUGUUUUCUGAGGUCUUCCCCACUACCUUUUUUUUUUGUCAGCUUGGAACUUUAAUUCCAGGCAGCAUUUUGGAGGGGAAAAAGGCUGUACUAUAUAUUGAUUUCUAAAUGUUUUGGCAGAGACUUCUUUUAAUGAAAUACACGUAGACUGUAGUAGCAAUUAAAACCCAUUUUAAGACUACUAUAUGAAUUUAUCUUGAACACCACCACUGAAGAGUUCUAUGAUAUAUAUAUAUAUAUAUAUAUAUAUA